AUGUUGCAAACAGUCUGCAUGAGUCCUGAGCUGCUUGUCAACCAAAACAUGAGUGAAAGUGAAAUCUGUGGCUACAGCCCAGGCCAGGGAUCCCCGCUGCCUGGAGAAACUGCCAGCCCCAAGAGCUGCUUCCAGCAGAGCCCAUCUCUGCCAGACUCUGGAUUAACUGAGCUGAACGUGGCAAGUCCCAAGAUCUACCACCCUCCUCCUCCUCCAUGCAACCCUCCAGGGAUGCCUGCUCCUGCUGACUCUGAACUUAGCUCUGAUCCCCCUCAGAAGCGCUACAUGGGUGUGAGAGUGAAGAUGCCCGUGCGGGAAUUGCUGAGGAAAAUCCGAAUUUCCAAAGGCUUGGACCCAGCUCCCGGCAAGGAAGCCUCAUCGGUGAAGAUGGUAGCCAAAGGAUCCUCAGGAAAAACAGCAGAGAAGAGGAGAUCUCACCCUUAUACAGAGAAACAGCUUAGACAGAGCAAGCAGAGCGCCGGGCAAAGCCCCAGAGGCUUGGAGGACCUCGACAUCCUGGUGGAGGUGCUGCAGGAGGAUCUGAACCAGAGCCAGCUCCGGGAGGAGCCUCGGCAUCCCGCGCCAGGCGGGUUUUGGCAGGGAUUCUCCAGGGAGCCGCGGAGCUGCCGCUGGGAAAGCGUGGGGAGCAAGGAUGGGGGCCUGCAGGGGAGGCAGCUGGGCCUGGCAGAGCAUCACCCCCAGCCCUGUGGGGGACAUUUCCCCCCAGUCCCGCGGGGACAGCCACAGCCUGCCCUCCACGGCCAGCGGGAAAGCGUCCAGAGGCGCGGCUCGCCCGGAAUGUUCCCCGGGAUGGGCGAGAAAGGGAGCAGCUGGUGGGUGCAGGGUGAUCUCCCCAGCUGCCAGGGAUGCUUCCGGAGGAAUUCUCCAUCCCAGGAAGGCUUCCUGAGGAAUUCUCCAUCCCGGGAUGGUUUCCCGAGGAAUUCUCCAUCCCAGGAAGGUUUCCCGAGGAACUCUCCAUCACAGGACGGUUUCCUGAGGGAUUCUCAACCCCAGGAUGGUUUCCUGAGGAAUUCUCCAUCCCAGGAAGGUUUCCCGAGGAACUCUCCAUCACAGGAAGGCUUCCCAAGGAAUUCUGCACCCCAGGACUUGCCUGCACCCCCCAGCUUGGCAGAGAUGCUGCUGGAAGCUCCCAGGGGCUCUGCAGAUGUGGGGGGACAUUUGAGGCUGACCCCAAAUUCCUUCUCCAGGCAGGACCUCUCUGCCCUCUCCUUCUUCCAGUUCCAGCUGCACAGGGAGGAAAAUCUGCUGAGGAACAUCCCAGAGGAAAAACUGCUGGCUCCUGAUGAAAAUGGCAACAGGCUGCUGCACAAGGCUGUUGCCCAGGGAAGGAGGGCUCUGACUUUUGCCCUGGCCCAGAGAUUUGCAUCCCUCAACAAGAUCGACGAGAAGGAUGCAGAGGAAAGGACUGCUUUACAUCUUGCUGCAGAAAAGAACCAGCACCUGAUGGUGAGUGACCUGAUCUCCCUGGGGGCCAACGUCAACGAGCAGGACAGCUCUGGGAAAACUCCCCUCCACCUGUGUGCAGAGAACGGCUAUCUGAGAGUUCUGGAGGUCCUGAAAAGCUGCAAGAGCAACGGGGUGUGCGUGGAGGUGGAUGUGCCUGACCGCUGCGGUCUGACCCCCCUGCACCGUGCUGCUCUGGCCCACACCGUGCUGGUGGCACAAUCCCAGGGCGCUGCCGGGGACAGCGGCACGGGGAGGCUGCUGGGGCUGCGGAGAGCCCAAAUCCUGGAGGGAAUCCUCUGCCUGCUCCAGAUGGGAGCACAGCCCCAGCUGCAGGUUCUGCAUUCGUGUCCAGCCUCCACCCCCUGCCUGAAGCUGGAGGAGAACACAGAGCUCAUGUGUUUGCUUCAGACCCAAAAACCCCGGGCACAGGAUGUUCCUCAGGAGAGCUGCAGCCUGCUGGAUGCUCCCCGAGGAAUCCCCGCUCCCCCAGCUGCAGAUAACUUGCCUGGACUUUGCUCCUUGUCAUCCCCAGACCUCCUUGAUGUCCUUCUCAAAGACGCCCCUGGCCCCGCGGAGUGCCGGGAUCCCACCCCGAGCCCCCCGAAUUCCACAUCCCGGCCCCUCUUUUUGGGCAUCCCCAACCCCAUCACCUGCGUCAGCGGCAGCGCCACCCUCCUCUUCCUCAGCACCCCGCAGCACUUCCCCCUUUAUGACGUAAACAACCUGUACAACACAAAUGCUGAAUUUGACUGGGGAGAUUUCCGGAGCCUGAGGGAGGAAAUGAGGGAAAUUCCCAGAAAUUCCCAGAAAUUCCUCCUGUUCCUUUUCCAGUUCCAGGCCCCCGGCACCUACGUGCUCCAGCUGAGCAGCAACAAGCACAAGAGGAUGUACGUGCGGCUGCUGCCGGCGGGGGCCCGGUGCCACCAGGACGGUCCCUUCCUGCCCAGCACGCCCGGCGUGGCUGUCCAGGUGGGAAUUGCCAGGGACCGGGAGCUGCAGCUGGGCCCCGACCGGGCAGCGCUGGCCGCGCUGGGCUCCGCGCUGCUGCUGCUGCUGCUGGCUGGCCUGGCGACGGCACUGCCGCGCCGGGGCCGCCCCAGCCCCAUCCCCGCGUUCCGGCGGCGGCAGCUCCGGCUCAGCCUGCACCGAUAUUCCUCCGCAAUUCCAGCGGUUCUUGCCGUGGAAAAACCUCACCCCUGGCUGCGGCACCGGGCUGGGCGAUUCUGCAGCGCUGCUGGGACAGUCUGCCUCAUCCGGGGCGCGGCAACAACGCACAAACCAAACAAAGCAAAUGAAUUGCAAUUAACAGACGUAAUUAACGACAGCCCGUUCCCAGCCCCGCUCCCGAGGCGAGGCCAGCCCGAGGAGCCGCUGGACCUGGAUUCUUUCAACACCGAAGUUUUCUUCGAGCUGCUGCUGAGGCACUCCCAGUCCGUCACCGCCACCCUGGGCCGCUUCAAAGAAGAGCUGCCGCGCCGGGGCCGCCCCAGCCCCAUCCCCGCGUUCCGGCGGCGGCAGCUCCGGCUCAGCCUGCACCGAUAUUCCUCCGCAAUUCCAGCGGUUCUUGCCCUGGAAAAACCUCACCCCUGGCUGCGGCACCGGGCUGGGCGAUUCUGCAGCGCUGCUGGGACAGUCUGCCUCAUCCGGGGCGCGGCAACAACGCACAAACCAAACAAAGCAAAUGAAUUGCAAUUAACAGACGUAAUUAACGACAGCCCGUUCCCAGCCCCGCUCCCGAGGCGAGGCCAGCCCGAGGAGCCGCUGGACCUGGAUUCUUUCAACACCGAAGUUUUCUUCGAGCUGCUGCUGAGGCACUCCCAGUCCGUCACCGCCACCCUGGGCCGCUUCAAAGAAGAGGUGCCUUCCCCUGGGUCCCCACGGGGCUUUGGGAGCUCCCAGAGCCCCAGGAUUUACGGCAGCAGUGAAAUGCCAAGUGAUCCACGGGAGUUCAUCCCCCAAAAACUGAUCCCACUGCUCCAGUCCGUGCUCCAGAUGCUGGAGGAAAACAGAAAAAGCAAUUUAUCACCAGAGCUGGAGGAUCGAGUGGAUGCUUUGACUGAGGAGCUGCUGCAGAUUGCAGAGGAUGAAGAGCAGUUCUUCAGCAGCAAAGGCAACGAAGAUCUGCUCUCUUAUUACCUUGAAAUAACCAGCUUGGAGAAGGAGAGUUUGCUGAAACAAAUCGAUGCUUUGGAAGAGGAAAUAGCCCAGGGCAGAAAGUUGUGA